GUUAGGUUCAAAUUGCUUCGGGAAGUGGCCGAGAUUAGAGCCAGCGCGGGCCGCACCGCGCCGCGAGCGUAAGCCCACUUAAGACUGUUUUUAAUACUAGUAUUUUUUACGCGAUCCCGACAGGAUUUAGCGGAUAAGCGACGUCGCCGCGAUCGUGCGCUUUGAUUUAUCGGAUUCGGAUUUGGAUUCGGUUUGUUUUCUGGUGUUUACGUUAGUGGGUGACGGCCGGCCGCGGGUGGACGUAACACCUAAUCCCGUGGCUUGUACCAGAUUAUGACGGAUAUCAUCGGAUUUCGUGUACACACGCUGUGAAAAGCAACAUUCUAAGGAAUCAACGAACUUAAAUCUCCCAUAAACGAUAUCCAAAGUCGGCUGUAAUAAUUUGAAUCAGUCGAAGAUGACGGUCUGCGCGUGAGUCUAACGUGCACACGCAGUCGCCCGCGCGACAUUCCCCCAAAGUCAUCACAAAGCAUCAUCAUUCACCUCCGGGUGUAUAAAGAGGCGCUAGCGGCCGGCAUGGAGCCGCUAAGCGAAAAUGGACUCUGUCUCUCGGAGUUAGACCUCCACGGUGGCGGUCACCUUCACGAGUCGGUGGCGGCGUCGGUCGGCUCCGCCAUCUCGAGUCUGAUGGCGCCACUGCACCAUGAGGCCCAGCAUGCGCCGUUACACCACGCCCCACCGCUACAUCACGAGCCGCUGGAGAAACUAAAAUUAUGGGCAGAAACAGGAGAAUUUCGAGACAGCGGGCACUCGUCACUGGCGUCUGCUGGAUCUGGAGUGGACCAAUCAUUAUAUGCACCCCCGAGGCCGAGGCGCGAUCGUAAACACACAGAUGACAGUAAUCGGCCCCUCACUUCAGAGCCAACGAUAAAGACGGAAUCGACGACUCCCGGCGUGGGGCCCGACGAACCGUCCCUGGAUGACAAAGGAGACAAGAAGAACAAGAGACAACGACGUCAAAGGACGCACUUCACGAGUCAACAGCUGCAAGAGCUAGAGGCGACUUUUGCAAGAAAUCGCUAUCCAGACAUGUCGACACGUGAAGAGAUAGCCAUGUGGACUAACCUCACAGAAGCAAGAGUUAGGGUAUGGUUUAAAAAUCGAAGAGCGAAAUGGCGGAAACGUGAAAGGAACGCAAUGAAUGCUGCUGCGGCCGCAGCUGCAGACUUCAAAAAUGGAUUCAGUACUCAAUUUAAUGGUUUAAUGCAACCGUUCCCGGACACCGAUGCGCUCUACUCAAGCUAUCCAUACAAUAAUUGGGCCGCGAAAGUGCCCAGUCCCUUAGGCACAAAGAGUUUUCCGUGGCCAGUGAACCCUCUCGGAUCAGUAGUGCCGGCGAGUCAUCAUCAAGGAUCAGUGAAUUGCUUUAAUACUGCCACGUCUAUGGGAGGUGUCGGUGGGGGUGGAAUGGCGGGCGUAGCUGGUUCGGCUGGAGUCGGGGGAGGAGUCGCACCCUGUCCGUACACGGCGCCUCCAAACCCGUAUAGUAUGUACCGCGCAGAACCGUGCCCGGCGAUGUCUUCCUCUAUAGCGUCGCUACGGUUGAAAGCCAAGCAACAUUCGUCAGGAUUUGGUGGCGGAUACGGCACGGUGUCGCCAGUGUCACGGGCAGGGUCGGCGCCGCUGUCGGCGUGCCAGUAUGCAGGCGGCGUGGGUGUAUCAGACCGAGUGCUUUGAGAGGAGGCGCGCGGCCGCGAGGAGGCUCGUUCGCCGGCGCCGCCGCUGCUCGCUGUCGCGCGCGCCUCCUAGUCGCCGCCUGCGCGCCCGCCCAACGACUCCGCACACACCACUGGCCUCUAUAGGCAUCUCUGGGACUGGUUCGACUGAAUGGACUUUGUUUGCAGCUAGUUCCAACACCCCAAAUGGAAAUAAACACCGAUUCUGUCUGAACGUUUUCACAGAAUCAGGUGAUUAUUGUUUUCAUUAUAUCAUGGGUUAGAGUUAAAUGAUGCGGUGUUACAAUAGGGCGUGUUCCGCGUGUAAAUUCCUCAUAUAGGUCAAGGUUCGUUACGAAACUUCGGGCAAUAAAGAAUUAACGAUUCGUUCUAGAUGAUGUAAAUGUAAAUAUGUAGUUAUGUAUGUACGUAUACCAAAGCGAUGUGUGCAAUUUUUACAAGCUUACAAUGUACUUAGAUUACGAAGUUCUAUUUUUAAGUGUGUAGCUUAUUAUCAAAAAUUGUAAAUAUGGAAAUUAGGUUAUUUAUUUGUUUCGUAUCAGGCGAAAAAUUUAAUUGUAUAAAUUGCCAUUAAUAUGUGCGGGUUACUGUUAUUGUCUAGGUAACAAUGUUAUUUUUGUUUUGUAUAAAAGCAAUGACAUGAAUAGUUGAUAAUUACGAACAAGUUUUUUUUCAUCCUUAAAUCAUAAAAUAUGCAUUUGUGUAUCACAUUUUAUAAACAGAACACGAUUAUAUUUACAGUGUAAUUUUAUAAAAUAAUCUCUACAUACAUACAAAUUUUAAAUAACUUACCUACUGACUAAAUUCAAUUCAUCACUUGUAUCAAAUAUCAGCCACUGUAAUUAACUAGAAAUUUAUUUAAAUUCUAUAAAUUUAUGUAGACUGUUUAUUAAUUCAAAUAGUAGCUAAACAAUAUUAUAAUUUAUUUUAAUUUAUUCCUAUAUAUAUAUAUGGAAGGUUUUCAAUUAGAUAUUUUUUUUCGCUACGCUGUUGUUACGAUUUCAUUGCCAAUUUAUGAAAUGAUUUUUAAUGAUUACUAGUUUUUACCCACGACUUCAUCCUUGUUAUUGGAAUAUGGUAAUUGAGCCUUCUUCAUUCCAAAUACUACGUAUGCACCAAAUAAAUACUUUAAUACUAAAUUUUUAAAUUUAUUUCAUGACAAUAGAUUACACAGUUAAAGCACCAAGAGGUAAUAAAGUAACAUUUAAACUCACUAUCAAAUUUAUAUAUGCGUUUACUUUUAGUAUUUUUUUUUUUAUUUUGACGCAAUUUAUCAGGAAUUUUAAUGUAUCUUCUUAUAACUUGACAUCAACACGUUACUACUCCGGUCUGGUACUACCAUACUAUAUUCAUUUAGUAUACCUUUUUAUGUAAUAAAUGUUACUGAAACUAUAAUAUGACAAUACAAAAGUAAAGAGAAUUCUAAAAUCUGAAAAUUACGCUUUUCAAAUUCCGUAUUGCUACAUCAUUUAUAAUAAUUACAGUCGUUAAUGAUUAAUUAUCGAACAUUAAUAUAGACUAUCAAAAGGGAAAUUAUAAAAAAUCAUUCAUGAAUAUAAUUGAGUUACAAUUAAAAAAAUAAUAAAUAAAUUCAACAAAUAAUAAUGAUGAAUAAAUUAAUAAAAUCUAUAUGUCAAAUCAAUUUAAAGUAACUAAUGACAGUUCUUUCUUAGCAAUACUAUAGAAUGUUUACACUAAACAAGAAUAAGAGAAGUAGGAAAAUAACGGAGAUUCCUUCACCGUGUUUAAAAUCAACUUACAUUUUCUUUUAGUGGGAAAAUACCAUUUACUUGAAUUCCUAACAUAAAUACACUAACUAGUAAAUCAUCAUAUCAGCUGUUAAUUGUCCACUGCUGAACAUAGGCCUUUCCCUUAAGGAGCGUUUAGCCAGUAGUUGCCACGCUUGGCAGGCGGGUUGGCAACCACAGUUAGCCCUUUGGUGAUAUUUCAAGAUCCUUCCUUCGAUUAUUAUCUUCUCUUAGUCACCUCUUAUGACAUCUACGGGAAAGAAAGGGAUGGUCCAUGCUAUGCCGGAACCAUAUGGCAUACAAUAACUAGUAAAUACUGUGUUAUAUUCCUACAUUUAUCAUUAAAAUAAUAUAAAAAAUUCAGUAUUACAGAGGGUUGCAAUAUUAAUCUUAAUUAUUUAUCUAAAAUUAUUUUUUAUACGGACUUCUUAUGAAUUAGAAUAAUUUCAGAGGAAAUAUUUUUGGUGUAUCAAUUACAAGUACGGUUUGAUAGAAACAUUAAAAAGUAAUAGUUGUAGGUCUAGUUCAAAAUUACUAGGCCAGAUUUAUCGACAUUGGAAUUUUGUCGAACAAUAUUUCUGGGAAUUAAUUAAAAAAUUUAGAACAAAAACAUGAUAAUGUGUACUAAUAUUGGUAAUAUCCACGUAUUCUUAUUAUUAAUAUGUAUUUUAUUUGUUAUAAAAAAUGUGAGUAUAUAAAAUUUUAUCAACAUAUAAUUUCCAGCAAACCAUUCAGACCUCUUCAAUUGACUAUCCUGUAAUAUUGUCGGAGUGAAAAUAUAUAUUUAUUGCAUAUGCAUUUUUUAAAUUUUGAAUUUAUGUAUGUAAUUUAAUUAUUAUAUGACACAUAAUAAUCGGUUGGUGCUUCUUAAAAGUAAUUAUGUUGCUGAUUUUUAAAGCUGUAUCUCUCAAUUCCGUAGCCUCCAUGUUAAUUGAAAAAGCGUUAAUUGAAAAAUACAAGUCCAAUCAUAUCACUACCGCCUACACAUGAGAUUAACAUAUCGGAUCUCACUAUUUAUUUAAAAUAUUUAUUGUCUGAAGCUGAGACGUGAAUGUAUAUAACUGUAACUAUCUAAGUGUUAAAAUACUUAUUAGAGCAUUUAGUUUGUAAACACAAAUAAGAAUACCUAUAUCAGUGUGCCUACUUAACAGUGGAUUUAUAGGAAGGAUGAAUGAACGAAAGAAAGCAUUUAUUGGCAACAAACCACAGCUAUCAUUAUUUACAUCCAGAUAUAUAGAAUGAAAUCGAAAGCAUUAAUAGGUGUUCCUUUUACUGGAAUGUUCUAACAGUUAAACUGAACAUUUUAUUGUCUAAAGAAAUGGGUCGAAAACGCGACAAAUAUAUUGAGUACUAGCUUGUCAGCUCGACACAUCGUUUUAAUAUAGGGUUUUCAAGUAUUUUUGUCGUUUCUCGUCCCAUAUUCUUUUGGGAGAAAUAUUCAGUUUAAAUAAAACACUUCAUUAAACGGAUGUUUAUAAUUUCAACUACACAUAGCUGUAUUUGACGUAUUAACAAAAUGUAAUGUUCUUUACAACUUGUUCCUAAAAUUUCGAUUCAACCAACGAAUUUUAUCAACAUGUCUUGUAAGAUCUGGAUUGCUAAAUUAUUCAUAAUAUAUGUAAAUAAAUUGGACGUAUCAUUAUAAAAAUUAUAAUAAUUACCAAUUAUUAUGAAACGAAUCGAGGUUUUCAUUUUAUACAUAUCAAAAUAAAUAUCUGUGAACUGUAUUCGUUUGUUGAGUUAUUUUGUAUUAAAACGUAAGGGAAUACAGAUUGUUUUGUAACUUAAAGAAACCUCUAGUCAUAAUAAAAAAAUAUCAUCGAGUA